CUAUCUUUAAUCAUUUUAUACUAAAAAUGUAAAUAAAGUCAUAGUUUGUGCACCUGUAAAAAGGUAAAAAGCUAAAUGGAUGAAAAUAAAGCUCUGUAUCAUGAAAACCAUCAUAAAGGUUAACAUGAAAUAUCAAGCAAUUUACUAAUUCAAUAAAUCCUAAAAAUUAAAAAGGGCAUUUCCUGUACUAAAUGUGGAAGACCUUAUAAGGUUUUUAUUGAGAAUAUUUCUUAAAUUGAAUAAGAGAUCGUCUAUAUGCUUGAAGAAAAUGAUAGCCUCAAAUUUAUUUUGAACUAAUUCCCUCAAGGAUUUUGCAAAAUAGAUAAAAAAAGUAAGAAAGUGAGUAUUUGCAAUUAUCAAAUGCUUAAUAGGACUAACAUUAUUGAUAAAGAAUCUCUUUACAAGAUACUGAAUGAUUUACGGAUAUAAAUAGCAAAUAUAAUUUCCUAAACAGAAACAGCAAACACUAAUUAAAACAAUCCGUUGCAGCAAUCACAGACUAAAAUCAAUCAAAAAAUAAAUUCAAGGAACAAUAAUGAGAAGUUAAAUGAAUAUAUAUCUUAACACAAAGCAUUAUCAACUAAUACAUUUUAGAAAAAAAAUAAUUUGUUUCCCUUUUUGUAAUUUAAUUUAAACAAUAAUUUACUUCAGAACAAUUAAUUAAUCACAAAUAAUAAAUAAAAUUAAAGCUAAGCUUCUUAGUUAGAAUAAUAAAUCCAUAUCACUAAUAACUAAUAUGAUGAUGACAAUGCCUCUGUGAAUCAAAAUAAUAUUUAAAAUAACAUAAAUGCCUUUCAUUUAACUUAAUAUUCACAGCUAGAAGAUGUAAACACAAAAAGAAUUUCUGAUGUGAGCAAAAAAAGUGGAAAAUAUACUUAAGUUAAGUUGUCUGCAAAUUAAAGUAAUAUGUUCCAUAUCAAUAAUUAAGGAAAUUUAACUCAAAAUGCAUAAACUUCAAGCAAUUAAGAAAAUAUUGUUAAAAUAUCAGGAUUUUAAGAUGACAACAAUCUUCAUCUGUAACAACAACAACAAUAAUAAUAACAACAAUAAUCCUUUUAGUAAGACAAUUAGUAUUAAAUCCAUUUAAUGAAAUAAAACUUCAUACAAAAUAAUGAUAAGUAAUUUCCGAGUAGCGAUGUUUGCUCUUUUAAUUUCUCUAACUUUGAGGCGUCUCCAAUGCAGAAUAAUAGGUACUCCCAUCCACUUGAAAGAGAUCUGACUCAAAAUAUUAUUUAGUUAUAAAAAAUAAAUGUAAGACAGAGCGAUUUUAACAGUUCAUAAAAGACUAAGCAGCUAAAUACUAGCUAAAAUGAUUAAGCAAUUAUUGAAAGAACUGAAGAUGGAUUACUUCAAACAUCAUAUCCAAUAUAAAUUAUUGGCAAACAAAUAUCUUAAACAAAUAAUAGUAACAAUCCUAAUUUUAAUGAGUUUGACAGUAGCAAUUUCAAUCUUCUAGAAUAAAAGGUGACUCUUAAUAAAAAUCCCACACAAGAAAAUUAAUACAAAGCACAAAUACAAGCGCCAGAUUUUACACCGUAGUCAAGCUAACAAACAUAAUAAAUAUUCUAGAAUAAUAAAUCCAAUAACAGAGAGUUUUUUAAUAAAGAGAGCAGUGAUUUUAGUAAGCUUGAUAGAUUUUAAACUAAAUACAAUAGUAUGCAAGUGAAUGCUAAACCAAAUCAAUUUAAUUUGAAUUAAAUUAAUGCAAAAAGAAUGUCCAUAAGGUAGGAAGUAAAUAGAAAGCGAGUACUCACUGAUAAUGUAUUGACUCAAAUAAGAAGAGAUAGUUAAUUUAUGAAUUAUUAUAGAAAUGAAAAGAAAGACAUCAACACCACUAAUUCCUACAAUCUAAAUUUCAAUCAAAAUAAUUACAAUUCAAAUAGCUUGGCAGGUUAACUAAAUAAUUUAAUUGAUUAAGAUAUUCAAAAUUUAAAUAUACUUACUCUGGAUGAAGUUAUGAAUGUUCCUAUUCUUCAGUACAAUAUGUCUUAUUCACUCAAAUUAAGUGAGUCUUUUGGAGAUUUUACAUCUGUAAAAUUAAUUAAACAAAGCGAUCAAUCCUUUUAUUUAAUAUUUGAUGAUUUCGAAGACAAAUUAGUUAUAGAAUAAGAGCUUCUUAAAGAGUUAGAAAGUUUUUAAACUAAGGUCCUCAAAUCUAUUUCUCACGAAUUUGGAACUCCUCUAAACUGCGCUAUUAAUAUGCUAAAAAUGUGUUCUCUCAAAGUUGAAAAAGAAUUAAAUUCUAAUUAUAUACUGCCUGCUCUUUCUUCUAUUAGAAUACUGAAAUUUUCCUGCAGCGAUUUCAUAGACUAUGCCAAAAUUUAAUUUAACUGCUUUAAGUUGGAUAUAAGAAAAACUGAUUUAAGACAUCUACUGAAAAAAGUAGUUGAAUACUUCUAGCCUUUGAUGGAGUCAUAAAAACAGGGAAAAGAAAGAAUUUAAUUGAUAUUCUUAGAAGAUUCUCAGGUACCAGAGUAUAUUAUGAGUGAUCCUUCGAGGAUAAUGCAAGUUAUUUUUAAUCUCUUAACUAAUGCAUUAAAAUUCACUUAAAAAGGAUUCAUUAAGAUUAAGGCUACUUGUAUAAGUGAAGAUGAAAUAGAAAUUUCUGUUCAAGAUUCUGGAAUUGGUAUUCAAGUUGAAUAAUAAGAUAAUUUAUUUGAGAGAAAGACAAUAAAAAACAAGAAGUAAGAAACAAGUGGUUUAGGUUUAAUCAUAUCAAAUGCUUUGGCAUAGAGGUUGUCUUAUUAAGGCUAAGGAUUAAAUUUGCAAUCAAAGGUAGGUGAAGGAAGCUUGUUUUCGUUCAAUAUAAAUAUAAAUUGCUAAAGUGAAAAAAAUAAAAAAUAAGAUCUGAACAGAAGAUACACUACUUAAAAGAAUUAAUCUAACAGCGAAUAAAACUCUAUUUCAGAUUUUACUCAGUCAAUAUUUCCAUAUUAAUUAAAUCAUGCUUCUAAUACGCAAAUUCAAAAUAUCUAGCUGUUUAACUAGCAAAGUCUUAUGACUCCUCCUCCUAAGAUAAUUAUAAGCAAUUCUAGCAAUAAAUUGAACAAAAGUUUAGAGAUUGUCGAUAAAAUUGUUGAAUUAAAUAAAAGCCAAGAGUAGCUAAGCAAAAAUUUUUCAAUGAUUUAAAAUAACUAAUAUGAAAUUUAGUAAAGAUCUCCAAUUAGCUAGAAAAUUGAUUUCUCAUCUUCUGAAAUUUCUGAUGAAGGGUUAAAUAUAAAUGAGUUUGUAAAAGAUCAAAAAUAGAUAGUCCUUCCUCCCUCAUUUAAUCUUAGUCCAAAUAAGAAAGCCUAAUAAUAGGAAGACUCAGAGGAUGAUGGAAUUGUAUUAUUUAAAGAUGAAGAAAAAAUAAAUUAAAAUGAAAGCUAAAAUAAAAAAAGUUUUGAGGGUUUUAAUAAUGCAAGCGUAGUUGAUGAUUUGCUUUAAUCAAAACAAAACCCUAAAAAUUUCUAUUUUAGUGCUAAAUUUAUUUAAAACAUCGACAAAGGCUUAAAAUAUGAUUGUAAUCGGAAGAUGAGUAUUGAUUUAUGCGAUGAAAUGAAAAAAAUUUAUGAUAAGUAUGAUAACUAAGAAGUUCGUGUUACAAGUAAAAAACACUCUUUUGAAAAAAAUUUUCAUUCACUGCAUCAUUUGAAUUCUUAAUAUUCGAACAUAUAAUUAGCUUCUAACACAUCAAUUAACUGUAAUAAAUAAGGCACAAAUACCUUAUCAAAGCAAAUUAUUGAAACUUAAGAACCAAAUUCAGAUACUCUUGAAAUAAUACAUUAUGAGCUGACCUAAAAAGAUAAGCAAGGAAGUCCUAAAAAUUAAAGUAAUUUCAACACAUAGACAAAUGAUGACUAAUACCUAACGUAGGAUAGUAUUAUAACUUAGGUAGUAAGUAAUUAGCAAUCAAAAGAUUCUAAAGAAGGAGACAAAUUCUCUGAAGGCUAAAUGGAUUAAAUUAUUGUCAUUAAUGAUUAAAAAAUUUGUGGAGGUAUAUUGUAGUACAACAAAAAGGUAUCGUCUCCAGUUUAAAAAAAGAAAUAAUUGACAUUCAGUGCUAAAAAUUAAAUAAAUAAUUAUGGAAAUCUUUAUGAUUUAGCUUUGGAAAACAGUAAUGCUGGCACCUCAAAAGAGAAAAUUUAAAAUUUUGAAAUAAAUAAUUAAGGCAACUACAACAAAAUUAACAGUUUGAAGUACAUCCAGCACAGCUAAAAGUAAAUUAUCUCUCCAAUAAAGAUCAUUAAUUAAAAAAUAUCUACAAAUGACCUCAACAGUAUUAAAUUAAUUAACCAGUAUGAUGCAAGUUGCUUGUAAAACCAUCAAAAUAACUACCUAAUUUAAUAAUAGAAACCUAUUUUUAUUGAAGAUUCUAAAAGCAGUGAAGCUUUAAUGAAUCCUCAUUAAAGAUUUAUUACUGGCUCUGGUGAGGAUAAUUAAAAUAGAAGCCAUUAAUUGACAAAUCAAUCCUAAUAAAUUUAAGAAUUAGACGGAUCCAUUUUUAUUGGUGAUAGUGAUUAAAAGUAUAUUACUCCCUAGCUCGCUCCAAGCGUAUCUCCUAAUACACAAGAAUACGAUUUUUUAUAGCUAAAUAAUUAAGAUUUAAACAACAGUUCAUUCUUCUUAAGAGAAAAGCUAAAGAAUUAAAAUAUGAUUUAAAACUCUGAAAUAUCUUCUUAAGAUCAUGAAAUUCAUAAAAAUUAAGAACUCCAAGCAUGCUUUGAUAACCCUCAUUCAUUUAGAGCUACCUCAGAAUUGUGCAUUUAACCCUUUUAAAAUAAAUUAAUAUAAUAAAACUAGCCUUACUCUCACUCUUACCACAGAGGAUCGGAGCUGCUUUCCAGCUAAAAGAUUAUUCCAACUCACUUUGCUAAGUUCAAAAAGCCAAGCUACAUUUAAAAACCAAUUAAUAAUGGCCAGCCUGUAAAAAAACAUUAUUCUGAAAGACUCAUCCCGAUUAACGAUUUUUAGUAUUAGCUAUAGAAUAAAUUUAUGAAAUCGAAAUAAAACAUUUUAAGUGUUUAAAGCAAUUAAGUGAAUUAAGAAAGUUUAGAGCUGAGUACUCCUUUAAGAAUGAAGUGUUACACUCUUUAGGAAUAAUUUUCUAACCCGUAUUAGAAUUCGUAGUAAGAUGAAAUUCAAGGCUAAAUCCAUCAGCAAAUUAAGAGAAAAGUAGCAAGAAAAAGAACAAAAAGUGAGUUUGCUGUUUAAAAUAAUAUCUAAGAAAUAAAAGUGGCUCUUAAAAAUAAGCUUUGCAACUGUCCUGAUAUACUAAUUGUAGAUGACACUUAAAUGAAUAGACAUACACUUAGACUAAUGAUCUAAAGUAAGCUCCCCUUUAUUAUUGAUGAAGCAACAAAUGGAUAGGAAGCUGUUGAUAAAGUAGAAUAGUUAAUUAAUACAUAAAAUCAUUGCCUAACAUAUAAAAUGAUAUUUAUGGAUAUAGAUAUGCCAAAAAUGAAUGGUUAUGAAGCAACUUAUAAAAUAAAUGAGCUUUUUAAAAAGAAUGACAUCUUUUGUCCAAUUAUAGCCCAUACGGCAUUUGAUAGAAGUGAAGUCUAAGAAGAAAUGAACUAGUGUAAUAUGAUCGAUUAUGCAGGAAAACCAAUAAGCACAGCUAUUAUAGAAUAACUCUUUGCAAGAUAUAUUGAUGUAGCAUCUAUAACAGGUGAAAAUUGA